GCUAAGCCGACUCGGGACCUGCCGCCACCGGCCCGCGAUCGGGUGAGUAGCCCCGUGGAGGCCGGAGGCCGAGUCCCGGGUGUCGGGGAACCUGCAUCUCUGCUCCAGGUCCCCAGAGCACAAGAUCCUCCUCGGGACUUUCCUGUUCCAUUCGCUUGGUUACUUCUUGCCAUCUUACAGGCGGGCACACCUAAGAAAAGGGUGGUGGCCCGUCUUGUUACCGGAGGAGAGCGGAGAAGCCCCCGAGGCCCGGGGACCUGCACACUGCUAGCUUGGACGCCUGGAAUCUCUCCGCGGCCCGAGCACUCCGAGCUGCUCGUCCCUCCGACCUGGGCUCCCGGGCCGCGCCGCCCGGAGCCUGCACCUCCUCGGGCACAAGCACCCCUGCGCUGCCUCUGCUUUCUGCAGCCAUGUGGGCCAGCCCCCGCCAGCUCUGCCUGGGCUUCCUGCUCAUCUGCGUCCUCUCAGGGAUAUCUUUUUUCCUCUACCUCCACAUCUUCCAAAAUGGCCUUGGCCUAGCUGCCCUGUGUCGGGACCGACACUUGCGGGCAUCCCCAGUGGCCAUCUUACGCCUUCAGGGCGCCAACUCUUCUUCCUGUCCCCAGCACCAAGCCUCCCUCUCGGGCACCUGGACUAUCUACCCCGAUGGUCGCUUCGGGAAUCAGAUGGGGCAGUACGCCACGCUGCUUGCGCUGGCCCAGCUCAACCGCCGCCGCGCCUUCAUCCUCCCCGCCAUGCACGCGGCGCUGGCCCCAGUGUUUCGGAUCACCUUGCCCGUGCUGGCUCCCGAGGUGGACAGCCACACGCCGUGGCAGAAACUGCAGCUGCACGACUGGAUGUCCGAGGAGUAUUCCCGCUUGGAGGACCCCUAUUUGAAGCUCUCUGGCUUUCCCUGCUCUUGGACUUUCUUCCACCAUCUCCGGGAACGCAUCCGUAGUGAAUUCACUCUUCAUGACCACCUGCGGGAGGAGGCCCAGGGUUUCCUGAGAGAGCUGCGCCUGGGCUAUGCAGGGUCCCCGCCGCGCACCUUUGUGGGGGUCCAUGUGCGCCGCGGGGACUAUGUCCACCUGAUGCCCCAGCAUUGGAAGGGUGUGAUAGGUGACCGGGCUUACCUCCAGAAGGCCAUGGACUGGUUCCGGGCCCGGCAUGAGGACCCCAUCUUCGUGGUCAUCAGCAAUGGCAUGAAGUGGUGCAGGGAAAACAUAGACACCUCCAAGGGUGACGUGGUCUUUGCAGGCGACGGGCAGGAGGGCACCCCUGGGAAGGACUUCGCCCUGCUCGUGCAGUGCAACCACACCAUCAUGACCAUUGGCACCUUUGGCUUCUGGGCUGCUUACCUGGCUGGCGGAGACACCCUCUACCUGGCCAACUUCACGCUGCCAGACUCUGAGUUCCUGAAUAUCUUCAAGCCUGAGGCGGCCUUCCUGCCAGAGUGGGUGGGCAUCAGUGCCGACCUGUCUCCACUCCAGGCCUCCAACAUGUGGACUGGGUGGUGGCACUUAGGGAGACUUUACAUAUAAAUCGGAUCCUUCUAAAGCCAUUCUCUGGAGACUUGGAUAAACAAAUGGGGUGGUCGUGGAUCAGGUAGGCCCCCAUAUCUAGCGUGAUUCUAGCUGGCCAGACUUAGAAGGCGGAGCUUUCUGGAACUGCUAGAUACUCUAGAACCAGUGGAACCUCUUCUUUUUCUUCUUCUCUUCCUCCUGCUCCUUCUUCCUCUUCUUCUUCAGCCUGGCCUUGAAUUCAC